UCCAGGCUGGAUCACUCUGCGGUGCGACGCGGGAGGCAGCUCCGCUCACCAUGGCUGACCUGGCAGAGGGAGAGGAUGAGAUCCAGUUCCUGCGAACAGAUGAUGAAGUGGUCCUUCAGUGCUCGGCUACCAUCCAAAAGGAGCAGCAGAAGCUCUGCCUGGCAGCGGAGGGCUUCGGAAACAGACUCUGCUUCUUAGAGUCCAUCUCUAACUCCAAGAAUGUGCCUCCAGAUCUCUCCAUCUGCACCUUUGUACUGGAGCAGUCUCUGUCAGUACGAGCCCUUCAGGAGAUGCUGGCCAACACCCAGGAGAAGGCUGAAGGGGGUGGCGGACAUCGAACUCUGCUGUAUGGACACGCUGUCUUACUACGACACGUUUUCUGGUCAGGUUCUGCAUCUCCUGCUUUCCAGAUAAUGUUUGUGUCUGUGUGCGUAGGCGAGGCGUGCUGGUGGACCAUCCAUCCAGCGUCGAAGCAGCGCUCAGAGGGAGAGAAGGUCAGAGUGGGAGAUGAUCUCAUCCUGGUCAGCGUCUCCUCGGAAAGAUAUCUGCAUCUGUCCUAUGGGAACGGCAGUCUCCAUGUAGACGCAGCUUUCCAACAGACACUUUGGAGUGUGGCUCCCAUCUGCUCUGGCAGCGAAGUAGCACAAGGGUUCCUGAUCGGCGGGGACGUGUUGCGCCUCCUCCAUGGUCACAUGGACGAAUGUCUGACUGUUCCUUCUGGGGAGCACGGAGACGAACAGAGAAGGUCGGUGCACUACGAAGGAGGAGCGGUUUCAAGUCACGCCAGGUCCCUGUGGAGGCUGGAGACUCUGCGCGUCAUGUGGAGUGGGAGUCAUAUCCGCUGGGGUCAGCCCUUCAGACUCAGACACGUAACCACGGGGAAGUAUCUCAGUCUGACUGAGGAGAAGUCUCUUCUCCUGAUGGACAAAGAGAAGGCGGAUGUCAGGUCCACUGCCUUCUGCUUCAGGGCGUCCAAGGAAAAGCUGGAUCCUGGUGUGAGGAAGGAAGUGGAUGGGAUGGGCACGCCGGACAUUAAAUAUGGCGACUCUGUGUGCUACAUCCAACAUGUCAACACCUGCCUGUGGCUGACGUACCAAACCAUUGAUGCAAAGUGUGCACGAAUGGGCGGAGUCCAGAGAAAGGCCAUCAUGCACCAUGAAGGCCACAUGGACGACGGGCUCACGCUGUCUCGCUCCCAACAUGAAGAGAGCCGCACUGCCAGGGUCAUCCGCAGCACUGUCUUCCUCUUCAACAUUUUCAUCAGAGGGCUGGACACAGUGAGAAAGAAGGGGAAAAGUUCUACUUUAAACCUUCCAAUAGACUCAGUCAGUUUAAGUCUCCAGGAUCUGAUGGGCUACUUCCAACCACCUGCGGAUCACCUGGACCACGAAGACAAGCAGAACCGGCUGAGAGCUCUGAAAAACCGACAGAACCUCUUCCAAGAGGAGGUAUGGAGUCGUUGUUUCUCACUCAAAGCAAAGCUGGGCCAUGAGUCCCUGAGGGCUGGGAUCCUGGAGGUGCUUCAUUGUGUGCUGGUGGAAAGCCCCGAGGCCCUCAACAUAAUCAAGGAGGGACACAUCAAAUCUAUCAUCUCCCUUCUGGAUAAGCACGGACGCAAUCAUAAGGUCCUAGACGUGUUGUGUUCACUUUGUGUAUGUAAUGGUGUGGCGGUGCGCUCCAACCAACACCUGAUCUGUGACAACCUAUUGCCAGGAAGAGAUCUGCUCCUGCAGACCCGCCUCAUCAACCACGUAAGCUGCAUUGCUCGGACCGUUACAUCUCCCAACCAGCACCUUCUGCGUUCAGAAGACGUGGUGAGCUGCUGCCUGGACCUGAGCGUCCCCAGCAUCUCCUUCAGGAUCAACGGCCAGCCAGUUCAGGGAAUGUUUGAGAACUUCAACUCCGAGGGCCUUUUUUUCCCCGUGGCCAGUUUUUCUGCAGGGGUCAAGGUGCGUUUCCUCCUCGGGGGCCGUCAUGGAGAGUUCAAAUUCCUGCCUCCUUCAGGCUAUGCUCCUUGCUACGAGGCAGUGUUGCCCAGGGAGAAGCUCAAGCUGGAGGCCAGCCAAGACCAGACUGUAGCCAAAGACCUGCUGGGACCUACCAUCACUUUGAGCCAGGCAGCAUUUACUCCCACACCUGUGGACACCAGCCAGGUUGUUCUGCCAUCUCACUUGGAUAGAAUAAGGGAGAAACUUGCAGAAAACAUUCAUGAAUUGUGGGUGAUGAAUAAAAUCGAACUGGGCUGGACGUACGGUGCAGUGAGAGACGAUAACAAGCGACAGCACCCCUGCCUGGUGGAGUUUUCGAAGCUUCCUGAACAGGAGCGGAGCUACAACCUGCAGAUGUCUUUAGAAACUCUGAAGACUCUGCUUGCACUGGGCUGCCAUGUUGGACUAGCAGAUGAACAUGCUGUUGAAAAAGUAAAGAGCAUGAAGCUGUCUCCAACUUAUGAGUUGACCGGUGGCUACAAACCUGCUCCUCUGGACCUGAGUCACAUCAAGCUGACUCCCACACAGGAGGCGAUGGUGGACAAGCUGGCUGAAAAUGCCCACAAUGUCUGGGCAAGAGACCGAAUCCGCCAGGGCUGGACGUAUGGGAUCCAACAGGAUGUAAAGAAUCGGAGAAACCCUCGCCUCGUUCCCUACGUCCUGCUUGAUGAGAGAACCAAGAAGUCGAAUAAAGACAGCCUGAGAGAGGCAGUGAGGACGCUGCUGGGAUACGGAUACAACCUGGAAGCUCCGGACCAGGAUCAUGCUGCUCAGGCUGAUGUCAGCAAUAUGUCCGCAGAGAAGUUUCGCAUUUUCAGAGCAGAGAAAACCUACUGCGUUAACUCUGGGAAGUGGUACUUUGAACUAGAGGUAUUAACAGCUGGAGAGAUGAGGGUGGGCUGGGCGAGGCCAGGCUGUCUGCCAGACCAGGAGCUGGGAUCUGAUGACCAGGCCUUUGUCUUUGAUGGCUUUAAGGUCCAGCGCUGGCAUCAGGGAAAUGAGCAUUUCGGUCGUGUCUGGCAGACGGGGGAUGUGGUGGGAUGCAUGGUGGAUCUGAACGAGCACACCAUGAUGUUCACUCUGAACGGAGAAGUCCUGCUGGAUGAUUCUGGAUCUGAACUGGCUUUCAAAGACUUUGAGGUUUCUGAAGGCUUUAUCCCGGUCUGCAGUCUGGGAGUAUGUCAGGUUGGGAGGAUGAAUUUCGGUAAAGACGUCAGCACUCUCAAGUACUUCACCAUCUGCGGCCUGCAGGAAGGCUACGAACCAUUUGCCGUCAACAUGAACCGGGACGUCACCAUGUGGCUCAGCAAGAGGCUACCCCAGUUUGUGCCUGUGCCACCAAACCACCAGCACAUUGAGGUGUCCAGGAUGGAUGGAACCGUGGAGUCGUGUCCCUGCCUGAAGGUCACCCAGAGAUCGUUUGGCUCCCAGAACAGUUACAACGACAUUACCUUCUACAGACUCAGCAUGCCGAUAGAGUGCGCCGAAUCCAGAUCUCCGCCAUACGACAGCCUUUUCUCACCGAAGAGGGAGCUGGACGAUUUUGAGUCUGUGUCAGACUUUGAAGUCCUGCUGAAGUCUCAUGGUCCCAAUGGUCCCAGUGGACCCGACAGAGAUGAAUUUAAUAACCACAAAGAUUACGCCCAGGAGAAGCCCUCCAAGCUAAAACAAAGGUUUACAUUAAAGAAAAACAAGCCAGACAACAGCUGUCCCUCGUCUGCUCGUCUAUCAGAGGAGGUGGUGGCCGAUGACAGAGAGGCGUACGAAGUCUUUAUGCAAGCAUCUACUUACUACUACUCAGUGCGGAUCUUCCCUGGUCAGGAGCCCAGCACCGUGUGGGUUGGCUGGGUGACCUCUGACUUCCACCAGUAUGACCCGAGCUUCGAGUUGAACAAGGUCCGGACUGUUACUGUUACCCUCGGUGACGAGAAGGGAAAAGUCCAUGAGAGCAUAAAGCGCAGUAACUGCUACAUGGUGUGGGCUGGAGAGAGCAGCAGCCCGGGGCAGGGCAGGAACAAUAACGGCCUGGAGAUCGGCUGUCUCGUCGACACAACAAACGGUCUGCUCACCUUCACUGCUAAUGGGAAAGAACUCAGCAUUUACUACCAGGUGGAGCCCAGCACAAAACUGUUUCCUGCGGUUUUUGCCAAGGCCACCAGUCCCAACGUCUUCCAGUUUGAACUGGGGCGCAUUAAGAACGUGAUGCCUCUGUCAGCUGGUCUGUUUAAAAGCGAGAGGAAGAAUCCGCUUCCUCAAUGUCCUCCACGACUCCACGUGCAGUUCCUCACUCCCGUCCUAUGGAGCCGCGUUCCCAACCACUUCCUAAAGGUUUCCACCUCCAGAGUGAACGAUCGACACGGCUGGCAGGUCCAGUGUAAUGACCCGCUGCAGUUCAUGUCUCUGCACAUACCUGAGGAGAACAGGUCGGUGGACAUCCUGGAGCUGUCAGAGCAGAAGGAUUUGUUAAAGUUUCACUUCCACACGCUCAGACUGUACUCUGCGAUCUGCGCUCUGGGAAACAACCGAGUGGCUCACGCUCUCUGCUCCCACGUGGACGAGGCGCAGCUCCUGCAGGCUAUAGAGAAUAAGUACAUGCCAGGUCUGCUUCGCGCCGGCUACUACGACCUCCUCAUCGACAUCCACCUGAGGAGCUAUGCGACGGCCCGACUCAUGAUGAACAACGAGUACAUCGUGCCCAUGACCCACCAAACUAAAAGCAUCACUCUGUUUCCAGACGAGCUGAAGAAGCACGGCCUGCCGGGCAUCGGGCUCAGUACCUCCCUCAGACCCAGAAUGCACUUCUCCUGCCCCAGUUUUAUACGUGUGGCUGAUUCCUGGUGCCAUGACAGCGGAAACAACGGAUCAGGAAGCUGUUUCCAGUACAGUCCUGAGUUCCCCCUGGAUAUCCUGAAGGUGAAAACCAUCGAGAUGCUGACAGAGGCGGUGCGGGAAGGCAGCAUGCAUGUGCGGGAUCCGGUGGGAGGCAGCACAGAGCUGCUCUUCGUCCCGCUUAUCAAGCUGGUCUACACCAUGCUCAUCAUGGGCAUUUUCCAAAACGGGGAUCUGAAGAACAUCCUGCAGCUCAUCGAGCCUUCUGUGUUCUCCGAGCGAAGAGACGGCCAGGAAGAGGCUCCUGGGAGGCCAGAGAUGCUGAAGAACGCUGAAACCAAAGGAAGAGGAGAGGACGGAGGGAGGAGGUUGCCGAACGGAGGGCUGCUGCAGAUGAAGCUGCCAGAACCUGUCAAGCUCCAGAUGUGCCAUGUGCUGCAGUACCUGUGCGACUGCCAGGUGCGCCACCGCAUCGAGGCGGUGGUCGCCUUCUCUGAUGACUUUGUGGCUUGUCUCCAAGACAACCAGCGCUUCCGCUACAAUGAGGUGAUGCUGGCUCUCAACAUGUCUGCUGCGCUCACCGCCAAGAAGACCAAAGAGUUCAGAUCUCCCCCUCAGGAGCAGAUCAACAUGCUGCUGAACUUCAAGGACAGCAAGCGGGAGUGUCCCUGUCCGGAGUACAUCCGGGAGCAGCUGCUGGACUUCCAUGAAGAUCUGAUGAGACACUGUGAGCUGGAUGAGGAGCGAGGAGUCGAUGGUGACAGUGACUUCACUAUUCGAGGUCGCCUCAUGUCGCUGGUGGAGAAGGUGUCCUACCUCAAGAAGAAGAUGAGUAGCCUGCCGAAGGAAAAAAAGGACAGAAAACCCAGUACGUUACAGCAGCUUAUUUCGGACACCAUGGUCCGCUGGGCUCAGGAGUCGGUCAUAGAGGACCCAGAGCUGGUGAGAGCCAUGUUUGUGCUUCUGCACCGACAGUACGACGGCAUCGGGGGACAGGUCCGGGCUCUUCCCAAGGCCUACACCAUCAACGCAGUGUCCAUAGAGGACACCAUUACCCUGCUGGCUGCUCUGGGUCAGAUCCGAUCUCUGCUGAGCGUUCGGAUGGGAAGAGAAGAGGAGAAGCUGAUGAUCAGAGGGCUCAGUGACAUCAUGAACAACAAGGUGUUCUACCAGCAUCCGAACCUGAUGAGAGCUUUGGGGAUGCAUGAGACGGUCAUGGAGGUCAUGGUCAAUGUUCUCAGUGGCGGAGACUCCAAGGAAAUCACCUUCCCUAAAAUGGUGGCCAACUGCUGCCGGUUUCUGUGCUACUUCUGCCGCAUCAGUCGGCAGAACCAGAAGGCCAUGUUUGACCAUCUGAGCUACCUGCUGGAGAACAGCAGCGUGGGCCUCGCAUCUCCAUCCAUGCGUGGAUCCACUCCUCUGGAUGUGGCUGCAGCAUCGGUGAUGGAUAACAAUGAGCUGGCUCUGGCUCUCAGAGAACCGGAGCUGGAAAAGGUGGUGCAGUACCUGGCCGGCUGUGGGCUGCAGAGCUGCGUGAUGCUGCUGCACAAAGGAUACCCAGAUAUCGGCUGGAACCCCGUGGAGGGGGAGCGCUAUCUGGAUUUUCUGCGUUUUGCAGUCUUCUGCAACGGGGAGAGCGUGGAAGAGAACGCCAACGUUGUGGUGAGGCUCCUUAUUCGCCGACCCGAGUGUUUUGGCCCUGCUCUUCGCGGUGAAGGCGGUGACGGGUUGCUCGCAGCGAUGGAGGAAGCCAUUAGAAUCUCUCAGGAUUCGUCCAGAGAUGGUCCGUCUCCGGUGUCUGAGAGCAGCAGAACGCUCAGUGACAUGUUGGAUGAAGAGGAAGAUGAUACCAUCCAUAUGGGGAACGCCAUCAUGACCUUCUACUCUGCACUUAUUGACCUGCUGGGCCGCUGCGCGCCGGAGAUGCAUCUGAUCCAUGCUGGCAAAGGGGAAGCCAUCCGUAUAAGAGCCAUUCUGAGGUCCCUCAUUCCUAUUGAAGACCUGGUGGGAGUCAUCAGUAUUCCCUUCUCCAUGCCCAGCCUGGCUAAAGAUGGGACAGUGUUGGAGCCGGACAUGUCAGCAGGCUUCUGUCCAGACCACAAAGCAGCCAUGGUUUUGUUCCUGGACCGAGUCUAUGGAGUAGAAGACCAGAAUUUUCUCCUCCACCUCCUAGAGGUUGGUUUCCUCCCGGAUCUCCGAGCCGCUGCCUCUCUUGACACCGCUGCCCUCAGCGCCACUGACAUGGCUCUGGCCCUGAACCGGUACCUGUGUACGGCGGUGCUGCCCCUGCUGACCAAAUGCGCCCCGCUGCUCGCAGGGACCGAGCCGUUUGCCUCAUUGAUCGACUCCCUUCUUCAUACGGUUUACCGCCUGUCCAAAGGCUGCUGCCUGACCAAAGCUCAGAGGGACGCUAUAGAGGAGUGUCUGCUGGCUGUUUGUGGUAAGCUGAGGCCUUCCAUGAUGCAGCACCUGCUGAGGAGGCUGGUGUUCGACGUUCCUCUGCUAAACGAGCACACCAAGAUGCCUUUGAAGCUGCUGACCAAUCACUACGAGCGCUGCUGGAAGUACUACUGCCUGUCGGGAGGCUGGGGCAGCUUUGGAGCCGCUUCAGAGGAAGAGCUUCACCUCUCAAGGAAACUGUUCUGGGGGAUCUUUGAUGCUCUGUCCUGCAAGCGUUACGACCAGGAGCUGUUCAAGCUGGCGCUGCCAUGUCUGAGCGCCGUGGCCGGAGCGCUGCCUCCAGACUACAUGGAGUCCAACUACAUGGCACUGAUGGAGAAACAGUCAUCUAUGGACUCAGAGGGAAACUUCAACCCCCAGCCUGCAGACACCGCUCAUGUGACGGUUCCUGAGAAGCUGGACUAUUUCGUAAGCAGAUAUGCAGAGCAUAACCAUGAGAGGUGGUGCAUAGAGAAGUUUUCCAAGGGGUGGACCUAUGAGGAGCAGCUGUGUGAGAGUAGUAAGACCCAUCCUCUGCUGAAACCGUACAAAAGCCUCUCUGAGAAGGAUAAGGAGGCAUACUGCUGGGCGGUGCGGGAGUCUCUGAAGACAAUGCUGUCGUGGGGCUGGAGCAUUGAGAGGAGCAGAGAAGGAGACGCUGCUGCCCUCCACAACAAAUCCAGACGGAUCUCACAGGCCAGCCAGCUGUCUUUUGAAGGCGCUCCAGCUUUCAGUCCCAGACCCGUCGACAUGAGCAACGUUACGCUGUCCAGAGACAUGCAGUCGAUGGCAGAGCUGCUUGCUGAGAAUUAUCAUAAUAUCUGGGCAAGGAAAAAGAAGAUGGAGCUGGAAGCUAAAGGCGGAGGAAGGCAUCCUCUUCUUGUUCCCUAUGACACCCUGACGGCCAAAGAGAAAUCCAGGGACAGAGAAAAAGCUCAAGACAUCCUCAAGUUUCUCCAGAUCAAUGGUUACAUCGUCUCCAGAGGAAAGAAGUCUCCAGAGCUGGACACUCCAGCUAUUGAGAAGAGAUUUGCCUACACCUUCCUCCAGAAGCUCAUCACAUACGUAGACCAGGCCCACCACCAUAUGAUGGAGUUUGAUGUGGGAACGAAGCUUAAAGGAGGGAAGAUUCCUCAUGAGCAGCAGAUAAAGUUCUUUGGAAAGGUUGUUUUACCGCUGGUGGAUCAGUACUUUAAAAACCACAGGCUCUACUUCCUGUCCACAGCCAUCCAUCCCAUCAGCAGCGGAGGCCACGCCUCCAAUAAGGAGAAGGAGAUGGUCACCAGUCUUUUUUGCAAACUGGGGGUUCUUGUCAGACAUAGGAUCUCCUUAUUCGGUAACAAUGCAACAUCUAUUGUUAGCUGCCUUCAGAUUCUGGGACAAAGUCUAGAUGCCAGGACAGUGAUGAAGACCGGGCUGGAGUCGGUGAAGGCGGCUCUGCGCUCCUACUUUGACAGCGUGGCAGAAGAUUUGGAGAAAACUCAGGAGAACCUGAAGCUGGGUCAGUUUACCCACAGCAGAGAGCAACCACGCGGUGUCACUCAGAUCAUCAACUACACCACCUUCGCCCUGCUGCCCGUGCUCUCCUCCCUGUUUGAGCACAUCGCUCAGAACAUGUUCGGAGAGGACCUCAUGCUGGAAGAAGUCCAGGUCUCCUGCUAUAGAAUACUGAACAGCCUCUACUUCCUGGGAACCAAUGAAAGCAUCUAUGUUGAGAGGCAGCGGCCAGCCUUAGGAAAGUGUUUAGCUGCCUUCUCAGCAGCUUUUCCCGUCGCCUUCCUGGAACCACACCUCAACAACUUUAACAGCUUCUCCAUCUACAACAACAAAGGAAGCAAAGACAGAACAGCUUUGGGUCUACCAGGACCGGUCGGGGAGGUGUGUCCUUUGGUGCCAAACCUGGAAAAGUCUCUGGAAGAGAUCAUGGAGUUGGCGGAGUCUGGAAUGAAGUACACUCAGAUGCCUCACGUGAUGGAGGUAGUGCUGCCCAUGCUGUGCAGCUACAUGUCUCACUGGUGGGAGCACGGACCAGAGAGCAAUCCUGACAGAGCCGACAGCUGCUGUACGUCAGUUACCUCUGAGCACAUGAACACUCUGCUGGGAAACAUCCUGAAGAUCAUCUACAACAACCUGGGCAUCGAUGAGGGGGCCUGGAUGAAGAGGCUGGCUGUCUUCUCUCAGCCAAUCAUCAGCAAAGCAAAAGCUCAGCUGUUACAGACCCACUUCCUGCCUCUGAUGGAUAAACUCAAAAAGAAAGCUGCAGUGGUGCUGCUGGAUGAGGAGCAGAGCAGGGCUGAGGGAAGAGGCGAGAUGUCUGAGACGGAGCUCCUCAUCAUGGACCAGUUCACCAUUCUAGUCAGAGACCUGUAUGCCUUCUACCCGCUGCUCAUACGCUUCGUGGACUACAACAGAGGACGGUGGCUGAAAGAGUCCAAUCCAGAGGCAGAGGAGCUGUUCCGAAUGGUUGCUGAAGUUUUCAUAUUUUGGGCCAAGUCUCAUAACUUUAAGAGGGAAGAGCAGAACUUUGUGGUCCAGAAUGAGAUCAACAACAUGUCAUUCCUCAUCUCUGACACCAAGUGCAAGAUGUCGAAGGGAAUAGUUUCAGACCAAGAGAGGAAGAAAAUGAAGAGGAAAGGGGAUCGAUACUCGACGCAGACCAGUUUGAUCGUGGCCACUCUGAAACGCCUGCUGCCUGUAGGACUGAACACCUGCGCUCCAGGAGAGCAGGAGCUGAUUGCUCUGGCUAAGAGCCGAUUCACUCAGAAAGACACGGAGGACGAGGUUCGAGAGAUCAUUAGGAACAAUCUCCAUUUGCAAGGGAAGCUGGAGGAUCCAGCUAUUCGCUGGCAGAUGGCUUUGUACAGAGACCUCCCUAACCACCAUGAGGACACAUAUGACCCAGAGAAGACUGUGAAAAGAGUCCUGGACAUUGCUCAUGUCCUCUUCCACCUCGAUCAGGUGGAGCAUCCUCAGCGCAGCAAGAAAGCGGUUUGGCACAAGCUGCUGUCUAAGCAAAGGAAGCGGGCGGUGGUCGCUUGUUUCAGGAUGGCACCGCUAUAUAACCUGCCAAGGCACCGAGCUGUAAACUUGUUCUUGCAAGGCUAUGAGAAGUCCUGGAUCGAGGCAGAAGAGCAUUAUUUUGAAGACAAACUCAUUGAGGACCUUGCUAAAGCAGGGGAAAGAGAGCCAUCUGAGGAAGAGGAGGGUAUCAAACGGAUCGAUCCACUCCACCAACUUAUCCAGCUCUUCAGUAGAACAGCCCUCACUGAGAAAUGCAAACUGGAUGAAGACAACCUGUACAUGGCUUAUGCUGACAUCAUGGCUAAGAGUUGCCAUGAUGAAGAAGAUGAGGAAGGAGAAGUAAAAAGCUUUGAAGAGAAGGAGAUGGAGAAGCAGAAGCUGCUGUAUCAGCAGGCCCGACUGCACGACCGUGGAGCUGCAGAAAUGGUUCUCCAAACCAUCAGCGCCAGUAAAGGUGUUAUGGGCCCUAUGGUUGCUUCCACUCUGAAGCUGGGCAUCGCCAUCCUCAAUGGAGGAAACUCUACUGUACAGCAGAAAAUGUUGGAUUAUCUAAAGGACAAGAAGGAUGUUGGCUUCUUCCAAAGUCUGGCUGGUCUGAUGCAAUCCUGCAGUGUCCUGGACCUGAAUGCAUUCGAGAGGCAGAACAAAGCAGAGGGACUGGGGAUGGUGACAGAGGAGGGAUCAGGUGAGAAGGUCAUGCAGGAUGAUGAGUUCACCUGUGACCUUUUCCGCUUCCUGCAGCUGCUCUGCGAAGGACACAACUCAGAUUUCCAGAACUACUUGAGGACACAAACUGGGAACAACACAACCGUGAACAUCAUCAUCUCUACGGUGGACUACCUGCUCAGAGUUCAGGAAUCCAUCAGUGAUUUCUACUGGUAUUACUCUGGGAAGGACGUGAUUGACGAGCAGGGCCAGAGGAACUUCUCCAAGGCCAUCAACGUGGCCAAACAGGUGUUCAACACGCUAACCGAGUACAUCCAGGGUCCGUGCACCGGCAACCAGCAGAGUCUGGCUCACAGCCGACUGUGGGACGCCGUGGUUGGCUUUCUGCAUGUUUUUGCUCACAUGCAGAUGAAACUAUCACAGGACUCGAGUCAGAUCGAGUUGCUUAAAGAGCUGAUGGAUCUGCAGAAAGACAUGGUGGUCAUGCUGCUGUCUAUGCUGGAAGGUAACGUGGUGAAUGGGACGAUCGGGAAACAGAUGGUCGACAUGUUGGUGGAAUCCUCCAACAAUGUGGAGAUGAUCCUCAAGUUUUUCGAUAUGUUCCUGAAACUCAAAGACCUGACCUCCUCCGAUGGCUUCAAGGAGUACGACCCAGACGGAAAAGGUGUCAUCUCCAAGAGGGACUUCCACAGGGCCAUGGAGAGCCACAAACACUACACCCAGUCUGAAACCGAGUUCCUCCUCUCCUGCGCCGAGACCGAUGAGAAUGAACUCCUGGACUAUGAGGAGUUUGUGAUGCGUUUCCACGAGCCGGCCAAGGACAUCGGCUUUAAUGUGGCGGUUCUGUUGACCAACCUGUCCGAGCACAUGCCCCAUGACACCCGACUCCAGACCUUCCUGGAGCUGGCGGAGAGCGUCCUCAACUACUUCCAGCCCUAUCUUGGCCGCAUCGAGAUUAUGGGCAGUGCCAAACGCAUCGAGCGGGUCUACUUCGAAAUCAGCGAGUCCAGUCGCACCCAGUGGGAAAAACCUCAGGUGAAAGAGUCAAAGCGGCAGUUCAUCUUCGAUGUGGUGAACGAAGGUGGGGAGAAAGAGAAGAUGGAGCUGUUUGUGAAUUUCUGCGAGGACACCAUCUUUGAGAUGCAGCUAGCGGCGCAGAUGUCCGACACUGGCGAGCGCUCAGCGGUUAAGGAGGACAGCGAACGGGAGAAAUCUGAAGAGGAAAACCCAGAAAUGGGCUUCUUUUCCAUCACCACAGUGCGCCUGGCGCUAAUCGCCGUUCGUUAUAACGUCCUGUUACUAAUAAAGGUGCUCUCCAUGAAGAGCCUGAAGAAACAGAUGAAGAAGAUCAAGAGCAUGACGCUGAAGGACAUGGUGACCACCCUGGUGUCCUUCUACUGGUCAGUGCUACUCGCUCUGCUCCACGUGGCCUUCAGCGUGGCUCGGGGGUUCUGCAGAAUCUUCUACAACACCUUCAUGGGAGGAAGUCUGGUGGAAGGAGCCAAGGCCGUCAAGGUGUCUGAGCUGCUGGCCACCAUGCCUGACCCCACCCAGGAUGAGGCGCGUGGCGAAGGAGAUGACAGAGAAAAGAGGCCGACGGACCGCAGCUCCCAGAGGGAAGAUCUCACCGAUCUGGCGAUCAACACCAGUGAAACCGAGCUGCUGUCAGACAUCUUUGGUCUGGACCUGCGGCGAGAAGGAGGACAGUACAAGAUCACCCCACACAACCCCAACGCCACCCUCACAGAGCUCCUCAACUCCCCGCUUCCCGCCUCGGUUUCACCCGCCGCCCCCCAGCCGGAGCUCAGACAGAGACGUCAGUCGAAGAGUUGUCCUUCAGAAACAAACGAGGAAAUACCAGAAGCUGAAUCUGAACCUGAAAAACCCCCUGAACAGGGUCACUCUGUGAAGCAGGACAAACAAUCAAAGAACGAGAAGAUAAAACCAAAAGUGAGAAGGCAUCACAACUCCAAGUCUGAUGAACCGGAUCUGCAGGAGUCGGCCUUCCUGAAGAAGAUCCUGGCCUACCAGAGGAAGCUGCUGAACUACUUUGCCAGAAACUUCUACAACAUGAGGAUGCUGGCUCUGUUUGUUGCAUUUGCAAUCAACUUUAUUCUCCUCUUCUAUAAGGUUUCUACCUCUUCAUCUAUGGUGGAGGAGAAGGAAGCUGUUUUCACCAACAGCCAAUCAGACGGCAGCGUCCAGUGGGAUCCGCUGGUCGGAGAGACUCUGGAGUCCGGGGACGGGGGGGCGGAGGAGCCCGGGGAGCCCCUGAAACCCGUCUCAGUCCGCUUUGUUCUGGAGGAGAGCAGCGGGUACAUGGAGCCCAUGUUACGCAUCCUGGCCGUUCUCCAUACCGUCAUCUCCUUCUUCUGCAUCAUCGGCUACUACUGCCUGAAGGUUCCUCUGGUGAUCUUCAAACGGGAAAAGGAAGUGGCCAGGAAGCUGGAGUUCGAUGGUCUUUACAUCACGGAGCAACCAUCGGAGGAUGACAUCAAAGGGCAGUGGGACAGGCUGGUGAUAAACACGCAGUCCUUCCCCAACAACUACUGGGAUAAGUUUGUGAAGAGGAAGGUGAUGGAUAAAUACGGGGAGUUUUACGGCCACGACCGCAUCAGCGAGCUGCUGGGCCUGGACAAGGCUGCCCUGGAUUUCAGCGACGCUCACAAGAAGAGGAAGCCGAGGAAAGACGGGUCGCUGGCGGCAGUGCUCAACUCCAUCGAUGUGAAGUACCAGAUCUGGAAGCUCGGGGUCGUUUUCACAGACAAUUCCUUCCUCUACCUGGCCUGGUACAUGACCAUGUCCAUCCUGGGUCACUACAACAACUUCUUCUUUGCUGCCCAUCUGCUGGACAUCGCCAUGGGGUUCAAGACUUUGCGUACCAUCCUCUCAUCAGUCACACAUAAUGGCAAACAGCUGGUGCUGACCGUGGGCCUGCUGGCCGUAGUCGUCUACCUCUACACUGUGGUGGCCUUCAACUUCUUCCGAAAGUUUUACAACAAAAGUGAAGAUGGAGAACUUCCUGAUAUGAAGUGUGAUGACAUGUUGACAUGUUACAUGUUCCACAUGUAUGUUGGCGUCCGAGCAGGCGGAGGGAUCGGCGACCAGAUUGAGGACCCUGCGGGCGAUGAGUACGAGAUCUACCGCAUCAUUUUCGACAUCACCUUCUUCUUCUUCGUCAUCGUAAUCCUUCUGGCCAUCAUCCAGGGUUUGAUCAUUGAUGCCUUCGGUGAACUGAGAGACCAGCAGGAACAAGUCAAAGAAGACAUGGAGACCAAAUGUUUUAUCUGUGGAAUAGGAAAUGACUAUUUUGACACGGUACCACAUGGGUUUGAAACUCACACACUACAGGAGCACAACUUAGCCAACUACUUGUUUUUUUUGAUGUACCUGAUAAACAAAGAUGAAACGGAGCACACAGGCCAGGAGUCUUACGUUUGGAAGAUGUACCAGGAGCGCUGCUGGGAGUUCUUCCCCGCCGGCGACUGUUUCCGGAAACAAUACGAGGAUCAGCUGAACUGAGAACCCGCUGGCGCCCCAUCGGCCCUCUGCUUGCCCUCAAACCGGUCCUGCAGCUGUCUGAGAAGCAGCCAAUCAUCUCCCCGCUCCUCAGUCUGGACGGACGGAGACGUCCUCCAAGCAUCCGCCAACUCGGGCUGAUCUUAUUUGAAUGCUUCUUGUAAAUAAACCGUAUCGGAUUAUAUUCUGUACCAUACGUGACUGAUGGCAUGUCAAGAUUUUUAUCCCAAAUGUUUGUUUUGGGGGUUUUCUUUCAUUUUAUUCUUCCUACAGGAGGCCAUAACAUGCAAAAAAUAAUUAAACAGAGCAAUGGAACUAAAAGGGAGGUGAAGAAGCCUGAAAGCUUUCAGGGCAAUAACUGUGGAAACACAGAGCAAAAACCGCCGCGAGCUGUUUGAGGGAACCGGGGGAAUCCCAGGAGGUUCCUCAUAAAGGAGCUGCUGGAGAGGAUGAAGAUCCCAGAUGUUUGUUCUCGCCCACCCUGCGUACCAAGGGCUGCUUCCACACCUCCUCUGUUCUCAGGCUGAGUUCCCCUCUUCACCAAAAACAAACAGAAAACUGUUCAAAUAUGGCAAUAUUCACAACGGAUCUUCAUGCUGCCGCCUCUCAGACCAGGAACCCCCCCACCGCCACCACCCCCACAGAAAUAAUAACCAGUCCUCCUUUUAUUAAUAAUCAUCAGAGCAGAUUUCUGAUCUCAGCUAAGAACGUUUCCCUAAACAUAAAAUGUUGUUGCCUUCCUGAUGUUGAACACACUUUUAUGGGGGUAAUUUUCUACCAUUAUUGUUACAAAGAACACGUUUUGUAAAUGGAAGGUUUCUCUUUUCAGAUUGAGUUUAGGAGUUUCACAGAUCGGAUUCUCUUCACUUCCUGUCAAAUAAUACCAAAUAAUGUUGCUAAUGUCCAGCAAAUCAACAGAAAUGCAUCUUUGCAGAGAAAAUGAGAAUGAGAUCUGGGGGAAAAAAACACAAUAUGAAAAGAAUAAAAUUCAUAAAACUCAGAAAAACAGAAACCUGAAAAAACAGAAUAUCAAAAUAUACAAUCUAUUUUUUUCUAAUUUACUCUCCCCUUUUUAAUGGAAAACUUUUUCAAGGUUUUCUUUCUGGAUUGCUUUUUAAAAAAAAUAUCAGUUUACAAAGCAUGUUCCUUGCUUGUAACAAUAAUGAAACAAAAUUCACUCCAUACUAGGAGGAUGCGCCCCCUGGGGGCAACCUAGUGAAGUACUGAAUGACUAUGACCUGUCAUCCAGGUCACAGUCAUUCAAAAAGUUAAACAAUCCACUGGACUGUUAGCCUGAUGGUGCGUGGUGUAGUGAACAGGAGGUAACCAGGGGCGAUCAGCCGCUAACGACCACCCCCCCAUCUGGAAUCUUAAGGUCGGGAGAAAAUCAAUCAUGUUUGAAAUUCAGUCGGCCGUCGUAAGGUGGUCGUGGGCAAAUCGCUCAGUGGGCAAACAAGGAUU